ACGUUAUACUUAAUUUAACAGUGCUGUAAGGCCCACCCACGCACACGUUCACACUUUUUGAUAAAGUCGAUUGAUUUGAUUCACCGAGAAAAAAAACAAACAAACACGACGAAGGAAAGGUGAACUGGUACCGGCGUAGCGUAGAUACCACUAAGGCCAGCUCCCACCACACCCCGGCCACGCCCCUGACCGCCCGCGGAGCGCCAAAGGAUGUCCUCAGUGGAGGCCGAGGUCCUGCAGAAAAUCGAUCUGAUUGAGCCCACAACCGGAAAAUUAUUUUUCGAGCACAAAACGGAGCUGCUUUUCUGCCGGCCACAUCUGAUGCCGCUGAAGACGCAGGCGCUGGAACGCCUGGAGGAAAUGCAUCGGGCCACCGCUCGCCAAUUGCAGAAGAAGCGCCAGCAGACGAAGAAGUCUACGGAGCCCACAGGCUCGCUAUGAACCAGUCCUCAAUCGCUGAAAUACGUUUGUUAUAAGCACAUACACCCACACGCACGCACCACAAACACAGAGAAUCACUGCAAAGCACAAGAACUGAGUACCACGCACCAGGAUCGGGAUCGGG